UAAUAGCACUCGUGGAUUUACAUUGCUGUCGUGCGGAUGUUACGGAGACACGCUCGUGUGAUGAAACUCAGGAUAAACUAUCAGUUUAAACAAUAUAGAGGAUGCCUUUCGAUUAUAAGAGUUUCGGUGUAAUAGAGGAGAUGAAGGAAAAACUGAAUGAAGGGUCAAAUAUUGACAGUGGCACCAGGACCCCAACCUCUAGGGAUGCCCCCACCUUCAAUCAUUAUUCACCAGCUCAGUCCGCUGCGCUGUCCUGGAAUUCUGCUAUUAAUGCAGCAAGACAAUUUGAGGGGACAUCCAGGUCCUUGAGUAUCCCAUCGGCUGCGGCCGCUGCACCCGUCGGAUCGCUGGCCCAGAGGAAACGACAGCAGUAUGCCAAAAGCAAAAAGCAGGGGAGUACCACCAGCAACAGACCACCGAGAGCCCUUUUCUGCUUGACCCUCAGUAACCCGCUACGCCAAGCGUGCAUUAACCUGGUGGAGUGGAAACCUUUUGAUACCUUUAUUCUGCUGUCUAUUUUUGCCAACUGUGUGGCCUUAGCUGUUUACAUUCCCUUUCCUGAAGAUGAUUCCAACUCAACGAAUCAUGAUUUGGAAAACGUGGAAUAUGCCUUUCUGAUAAUUUUCACAAUCGAGACCUUCCUCAAGAUCAUAGCUUAUGGACUCGUCAUGCAUCAGAACUCCUAUGUAAGAAACGGUUGGAACAUGCUGGAUUUUGUUAUUGUCAUUGUGGGUCUUUUCAGUGUGGUGCUGGAGCUGAUGACCAAAAAUCGUGAUGUCAGUGGGCAGUCUGGUGGGAAGCCAGGCGGAUUUGAUGUAAAGGCUUUACGAGCGUUUCGAGUUUUGAGGCCCCUCCGCCUUGUCUCAGGAGUUCCAAGCCUACAGGUGGUGCUAAAUUCAAUCAUUAAAGCCAUGGUUCCAUUGCUUCACAUCGCUCUGCUUGUUCUGUUUGUCAUUAUCAUGUACGCCAUCAUGGGCCUUGAGCUAUUCCUUGGGAAGAUGCAUGCGACCUGCUAUCUGAACGGCACACGUACAUUAGCAGAGGAGGAGCCCCGCCCCUGUUCCCUAUCAGGUCAAGGCCGUCAGUGUCCUCUCAAUGGCACUGUGUGCAGGGAUGGUUGGCAUGGUCCCAACAAUGGCAUCACAAACUUUGACAACUUCAUGUUUGCCAUGCUGACUGUGUUCCAGUGUAUCACCAUGGAGGGCUGGACUGAUGUGUUGUACUGGAUGAAUGAUGCUAUGGGCUUUGAACUGCCCUGGGUCUAUUUUAUCAGUCUGGUCAUCUUCGGCUCGUUCUUUGUCCUCAAUCUGGUGCUGGGAGUUCUUAGCGGAGAGUUUUCUAAGGAGCGUGAGAAAGCAAAGGCUCGUGGAGAUUUCCAGAAGCUGAGAGAGAAACAGCAGUUAGAAGAUGAUCUGAAGGGAUAUCUGGACUGGAUCACACAGGCUGAAGAUAUCGACCCUGAUAAUGAUGAAGAAAGAGUUCAGGAGACCAAACACAGCCCAUGCAUUCCCGCAAGCGAGACAGAAUCUAUAAACACAGAAAAUCCAGAAGAGGAUGAGAGGACCUUGUGCUGUGGACCUGUCUGUCAAAAACUGACAAAGUCAAAGUUCAGCCGCUGGCGUUGCUGGAACAGGUUCUGUCGAAGGAAAUGCAGAGCUGUUGUGAAAUCCGACAUCUUUUACUGGCUGGUCAUUCUGCUGGUGUUUCUGAAUACCCUUACCAUAUCAUCUGAGCAUUACGAUCAACCCAAAUGGCUCACGGAGGUCCAGGAUGUGGCUAAUAAAGUAUUGCUAGCCCUGUUUACGUGUGAGAUGCUGAUAAAGAUGUACAGUCUGGGACUUGAGGCGUACUUUGUCUCACUCUUCAACCGAUUCGACUCUUUCGUGGUUUGUGGAGGCAUUGUAGAGACGAUCCUUGUGGAGCUGGAGUUCAUGUCUUCUCUUGGCAUCUCCGUGUUCCGGUGUGUUCGUCUCCUCAGAAUCUUUAAAGUCACUCGUCACUGGGCAUCUCUGAGUAAUCUGGUCGCGUCUCUGUUGAACUCCAUAAAGUCUAUUGCGUCCCUGCUUCUGCUUCUCUUCCUCUUCAUCAUCAUCUUCAGUCUGCUUGGAAUGCAGCUCUUCGGCGGCAAGUUCAACUUUGACGAGACUGUAACUAAACGAAGCACCUUUGAUAAUUUCCCUCAAGCCCUGCUUACGGUGUUUCAGAUCUUGACAGGUGAGGACUGGAAUACAGUGAUGUACAAUGGGAUCAUGGCAUAUGGAGGCCCUUCCUCCUCAGGCAUGCUUGUCUGCAUCUACUUCAUCAUCCUGUUUAUCUGUGGUGACUAUAUAUUAUUGAAUGUGUUCUUGGCCAUCGCUGUGGAUAACCUGGCAGAUGCAGAGAGUCUUAACUCAGCCCAGAAAGAGCAAGAGAAAAAGAGGAGAAAGAGUAUGAUGAUGAGAGAUGCCGAAGAGGGAAAUGCAAAGAUGUCUGUAGAUUCGGACGCUGAUGAAGAUCAGGCAGAGGAGAUGACAGUCGCUACAGGUGAGGAUGAGAAGGAUAAGCCUAGCUUUCCGUCAGGCCGACGGCACCAGAAACUGCCAGAUAUGAGUCUCAGAGAAAAGAGGCCUCCCAUUCCAGAGGGCAGUGCCUUCUUCAUCUUCAGCAGCUCCAACCCGAUCCGUGUGCUGUGUCAUAGGUUGAUCAAUCACCAGAUCUUCACCAACCUCAUCCUCGUCUUCAUCAUGUUGAGCUCUGUCUCGCUGGCUGCCGAAGACCCCAUCCGUAACCUUUCUGCCAGAAACAUUGUUCUUGGUUAUUUUGACUAUGCCUUCACUGCUAUAUUUGCAGUCGAGAUCCUGCUGAAGAUGAUGGCCUUUGGUGCUUUCCUUCACAAAGGAGCUUUUUGCAGAAGUUACUUUAAUUUACUGGAUCUGCUGGUGGUUGCAGUCUCUCUUGUUUCGUUUGGAAUACAAUCAUCUGCCAUUUCAGUGGUGAAGAUACUGAGGAUUCUGCGUGUGCUUCGACCUCUCCGAGCCAUCAACAGAGCCAAAGGACUCAAACAUGUGGUUCAGUGUGUGUUUGUGGCCAUCAGGACCAUUGGUAACAUCAUGAUUGUAACGACACUCCUUCAGUUCAUGUUUGCUUGUAUUGGUGUUCAGCUUUUCAAGGGGAAAUUUUACCGCUGCACGGAUGAGACCAAGUCAAGCCCAGAGGACUGCAAAGGGACGUACAUUGUGUACAGCAUUGGUGAGACGUCACUGCCGCAGGUCCGACAGAGACUGUGGUACAACAGUGACUUUAACUUUGACAAUGUACUAAUGGCUAUGAUGGCACUCUUCACCGUAUCAACAUUUGAAGGCUGGCCUGCCUUGCUGUACAGAGCCAUUGACUCACACAGGGAGAACAUGGGACCCAUUUACAACUACCGUGUGGAGAUCUCCAUCUUCUUCAUCAUCUACAUUAUCAUCAUCGCCUUCUUCAUGAUGAACAUCUUUGUGGGUUUUGUCAUCGUUACGUUUCAGGAGCAGGGCGAGAAAGAGUACAUUAACUGCGAGCUGGAUAAGAACCAGCGUCAGUGUGUAGAAUAUGCUCUGAAAGCCCGUCCGCUGCGGAGAUACAUCCCUAAAAACCUGUAUCAGUAUAAGUUCUGGUAUGUGGUGAACUCCACAGGAUUUGAGUACGGCAUGUUUGUUCUUAUUGUCGUCAAUACACUCUGUCUGGCAGUUCAGCAUCACGGCCAGUCACAUCUUUUCAAUUACUCAAUGGAUGUUUUGAACAUGGUGUUCACCGGAGUCUUCGCAGUUGAAAUGAUUCUCAAACUGGUUGCCUUUAAACCAAAGGGUUAUUGUGUGGACCCCUGGAAUGUGUUUGAUGCGCUGGUGGUGAUUGGCAGUGUAAUAGACAUCAUUCUGAGUCAGCACUAUUUCUCUGAUGCAUGGAACAAGUUUGAUGCUCUAAUUGUUGUUGGUAGCAUUGUUGACAUCGCAAUCACAGAGAUCCAUAACACGGAGGACAGUGCGAGGAUCUCCAUCACUUUCUUCCGUCUGUUUCGUGUCAUGCGACUGGUGAAGCUGUUGAGCAGAGGCGAGGGGAUUCGGACACUCUUAUGGACCUUCAUCAAAUCAUUUCAGGCUCUACCUUACGUGGCUCUGCUCGUAGCGAUGCUCUUCUUCAUCUAUGCUGUCAUUGGCAUGCAGGUGUUUGGAAAGAUUGCCAUAAUGGAUGGAACCAGUAUUAAUCGUAACAAUAAUUUCCAGACGUUUCCACAAGCUGUGCUACUGUUGUUCAGAUGUGCAACAGGUGAGGCAUGGCAGGAAAUCAUGUUGGCUUGUUUGCCCGGCAAACAGUGUGACUCUGAGUCCGAAUACAACCCUGGAGAAGAGAAGAGCUGCGGGAGUACCUUCGCCAUCGUCUUUUUCAUCAGCUUUUACAUGCUGUGUGCUUUCCUGAUUAUUAAUUUGUUUGUUGCUAUCAUCAUGGACAACUUUGACUACCUGACGCGUGAUUGGUCGAUUCUCGGACCACAUCACCUAGAUGAAUUCAAGAGGAUCUGGUCAGAAUACGAUCCUGAGGCCAGGGGCCGUAUCAAGCACUUGGAUGUGGUGACGUUACUGCGCAGGAUUCAGCCGCCUCUGGGCUUUGGCAAACUGUGUCCUCACAGAGUCGCCUGCAAGAGGUUGGUUGCUAUGAACAUGCCAUUAAAUAGUGAUGGUACAGUCAUGUUCAAUGCCACCCUGUUUGCUUUGGUCAGAACUGCUCUGAAAAUCAAGACUGAAGGUAAUCUGGAACAAGCCAAUGAGGAGUUGCGCUCUGUUAUCAAGAAGAUCUGGAGAAGAACCAGUUUGAAAAUCCUGGACCAAGUGGUGCCACCUGCUGGAGAUAGUGACAUUACUGUGGGAAAGUUUUACGCCACUUUCCUUAUCCAGGACUUCUUUAGAAAAUUCAGGAAGCGUAAAGACCAAGGGAGACGCCAGUUCAAUUUCAACACCACAGCUGCUCUACAGGCCGGUCUGCGCACGUUGCAUGAUCUCGGUCCAGAAAUCCGUCGAGCCAUAUCAUGUGACCUACAGGAUGAAGGUCUAGUUGACAUAAACCUCGAUGAGGAUGAAGACAUUUACAGGAGGAAAGGAGUUGUGUUUGUAAAUCACAUGAGCACAGAGCAGUCACACAACAACAGCGCCACACAACGUCCUCUUCAGCUUCCAGUCUGUCAGAAAUAUUUUCAUUCCAAAUCAUCCAACAUCAUCAAUCAUGCCAACGUACCACCGCUUCCUGCUCAUCACAACAUGAUCUCUUAUCUUAACCACACCAGUGAUGAUGGACAAUUCAACAGGCUAGACUCGCGUGCUGUUGAGUACCUGACUAUCCACGUAGAAGACUCCGCCCCUGAUGACAUCGGUGAUGACACGCUGAGCUCAGAGGAGUAUUACAGCGGAGAUGACCUCAAGCUGACUAGAAAAAGGUCAUACAAGGACACUGUAAGUCCAGCUGUAUGUCAGGAUGUGUCUGAAGAUGAGCGACUCGUAUCCCGGCAGCAACAGAAGUCAUCAAAACGGCACCAUUUAUCUACAUCUCAAUCCUCUUAUAGACCAACUUUUCGUUUCGAGUGUUUGUGUAAGCAGAGCAGUCAAGCUAAGAUUUCCUUACAACACACAGAAGGACCCUCAUAUCGCCAGGUAAAGGCAGUGGAACGUGGACAAGAAUCGAGUCGAACACAAUUCUCCCCACGUCGCUCGAUCUUCUCAUGGGUGACGCCUCCAGCCACGCCUCCUCCCUACACCGCUCUGAUUCAGUCCCCGCCCACUGCUGGCAGCACUCCGAGUUUUGCUCACAGGAGCUUUUGGAAUUCCCAGCAAGGCUUUGAUCGGUUGCCACGUUCUCCGACCCACUUACGGAUUCCAGGCAGUGUGUGUGGUCAGCAUAAUCGGGGCAGUGCUCAUAAUCUGGUGGAAGCAGUUCUGAUUUCCGAGGGACUGGGCAAAUAUGCAAAGGAUCCAAAGUUUGUGGCGGUCACAAAAACUGAAAUCGCUGACGCUUGUGAAAUGAGCGUUGAUGAAAUGGAAAGUGCCGCUAGUAACUUACUGAACGUCACACUAGGCCAGGGGAGAGAUGAGACAGCCAACAAGAAUCACAUUCUCCAUGACUACAGCGAUGAGGAGAUCGACCUGGACGCAAAACAUGAAGAGGAUCUCAAAGAUGAAAUGAUCUACAUCCCAACCACACCAAACUCACAAAUAAUGGACAAAUAAAACUGAUGAAUUUGUGCUUUUAUUUAUAGAGAGAUGAGAUCUUUAAAUAGCUUUGGUGAGAUUUAAAUGUGAUUUUAAUACCAACAUGUCUUUUUCAGUAUCUUUUCUGGACUGAAGAGCAUUUAUUUUCAAACCGUUGGAGAUAUGAGGGAAUUUUCAGGAAAAUCAUAGCCAAUAUCCUUUAGUUUGAUGUAUUCUGCUUGUUAAAAACAGAUCAGUGUUUCCAUUAAAGGGAGCUUUUAGAUGAGGUUUCUCAGCAGUGUCAUUGCUCUAACUCAGAUUAAAUCAAAACCUUUAUUAUUUAUCCCCUAUUCCCCAAACACGAUGAAAAAAGUUUAAAAGUAGUCUUUCCAUGUAAAAGAUUAAAAUGAAAGAAAUUCUGUCAUCUUUUCCUUAUUUCGUUUCAUUCCUAUAUGACUUUUGUCUUUUUAAAACACAAAAAGAGAGUUUAAGAAGGCAUCACUUCUGCGUUUAGAUCAGUGUCUUGAAGAUUUUUAUGCAUUGCAGAGCUUCAUUUUGCAGAUUUCUUGAAAUGACUGAGACAGUUGCCAUUUUAAAAAAAAAUCGGUAAUUUCUGAUUUAGCAGAGAUCUGGCAUUGAUCCGACAUGCAUGAUUUGACAGUUUAAGCAUUUACUAUGUGGCCAUAUAUAGUGAUACUCCAGCCAAAUAUUAAAGUUACCCCAUGAUUUACUCCCCCUCAAGCAUCUGAGAUACAUACAGUAUAUCCAUCAUUUUUCAGAUGAACAUAUUUGAAGUUAGUUUAGUUAAUCGCUUUCCUCUUCUUUAUAACGGUAGAAAACAGGGAUCAGGGAACAACGUCUGACACGCUUUUAGACACACAUACUGUAUUUGCUUAAAGGAUUAGUCCAUUUUCUUAAAAGAAAAAUCCAGACAAUUAACUCACCACCAUGUCAUCUAAAAUGUUGAUGUCUUUCUUUGUUUAGUCGAGAAGAAAUUAUGUUUUUUGAGGAAAACAUUGCAGGAUUUUUCUAAUUUUAAUGGACUUUAAUAGAGCCCAACAUUUAAUACGUAACUCAACACUUAACAGUUUUUUUCAACGGAGUUUCAAAGGACUAUAAACAAUCCCAAACGAGGCAUAAGGGUCUUAUCUAGCAAAACGAUUGUCAUUUUUGACAAGAAAAAUAAAAAAUAUGCACUUUUAAACCACAACUUUUCGUCUAGGUCCAGUCCAGCGCGACCUAACGUAAAUGCAUAGUGACGUAGGGAGGUCACGUGUUACAUAUAUAAAACGCACAUUUGCGGACCAUUUUAAACAAUAAACUGCCACAAAGACAUUAAUUAGUAUCAGUUGACAUAAAACAAGGUAGGAACGGUCCUCUUUCAACACACUUGUAAACACUGGGGCGGAGUUUCGCGUUCGUCCUCUGUGACCUCUUGACGUCAUCACGUAUUGCGUGGGGUCAGCUGGCGCAUCACGACCGGAUCUACAUGACGAGAAGUUGUGCUUUAAAAGUGUAUAUUUGCUAUUUUUAUUGUCAAAAAUGACAAUCGUUUUGCUAGAUAAGACCCUUAUGCCUCGUUUGGGAUUGUUUAUAGG